UUCUUUGCAGUGUUGUGCUUGUUACGGACCUGCGGGCGGAACGAAAGAUUACUGUGCCGAAAAUUGUCAAGCAAUUAACGGUGGUACAAUCACAAAAAACGUAUUUACGUGGUUCUGGGUCAGGUCCAGUCUUCCUAAAAGAUUGUGGAAGAAAUGUAUGGAUUAUGAAGUGAAACGAGAUGAUGGGACAUUGAUCUGGUAUAAGCUGGUUGGCCAUAAUGUUAUUCCUAUUGAGGUAAUUUCUUUCUUUAUUUUUGACAUGAUUGAUAUAUAAAACCUAGUGAGCUCUAUAUAAUAUAUCUGGAGUGAGAAUUCGAGUUCAAAAGGUGAAGGCAGGUUCGUGUUAACCGUGCAAACAAAAUCAAUAGAAAGGGCUGGAACUGACGUAGAAUAGUUCCUUCAAUUUCCGACAUCUUGGCAAGGAGUUUGCGGCCGAAAUUUCCUAUUUUGACAUCGAUUUAAGGAGUAACACUAUAGUUUUAUAAACUGUUAACUUGGUUAACGAUACUGUUCCUUGGAAAAAAACUUAAAUUAGCUGUGAAAAGUUGUAUAAAAACUGUUUACGACCUACAGAGCUAUUGGACGUCAAUGGCCGCCAUCUUGGGGUCACUUUUCUCAUAGGCCGAAUGACUGAAGUUCUUGCAGAUAUAUUUGGAGCUCACCCAUAUAAAACCUCGUAUAUCAAGGGUGUUGAGUGAGAGUGAUGGGCCCAUGUGACUUUAAACAUCUUCCACCGGAGUUUGCAUGAUUCCUAUAAGGCUGUCUCAUUGUAAAUAUAGUCUCACAUAGUUCUUGUGGCUGUGAGAGAUGUGCUUUUAUUUUGAUCGGUUCCACCAAGCACCGAAGGUUUAAUUUUCUCCUAUGAGAUAAACUUAUAUUGGACGUACUUAAUAAGGAAAAGAACUUACAAACGGAAAAACAUCCAAUUUACACAGUCAGUAAUUGUUAAAAAUAUGGUCAACGUCAGACAUAAAAUAUAUUACAGUUUCGUAUCAAAACAAUUCUGACAAAAUAUAUUAAAACCUUUUGUUAAAGGGUCGCUGUAGCAAGGACGCAGUACUUCUCCAUGAUGGUGUAAGUAUUUUGGCAACUUAUUUAUAUCACCUGCAUGCGUGGCUCGUAAAAUAAGAUUAUAUGGAGAGUUGAACCAAGUAGAAAUGGUGUGUACCAAAGAGUGCCCUGGCUGUACAUCAUUUCUAUCUUAAUUUGUUCUUCUUAGCAAAUUUAGCAAUAACUGUUAUAUAAAGGUUAUAAUAUAAUUAUAUUUAAUGGUGUGCUUCGCUAAUUUGAAAAUUUACAGCUGGCUGCAUGCCUUCCGAUUGUAGCUAUAGUAUCUGACAAACGGCUGCAAACCAGAGCCAGAUUUUCAUGGUAUUUGAAAAAAUCGUUAACAAGAUCGAAUAUGCAGGAUAACAAUUCCAGAUCGCCUGUCAUUGUAUACUGUAAUUAAAGAACAUUGUCUAUACUCUUUACCAAAGCUUUCUCGUUAGAACUGGCAUUAGUCGAAGAGAAAUAUUUUGCCGUUUGUGAUUGGAAGCUUUCAUUUCGAUACAUCUUUCAAUUUGGGUGAAUACUUGUCUACAGUGCACAAACGAGUCUGCAUAGACGCGGUAAUAUCCUGCGACUGAUUUAGUUUAGCUUAAUGAGUUCACCAUUAUUAUAUAACAAUGCAAUUAUGCAAAAGGAGUAAUUGCGGUACAUGCAACAGUAUGGCAAAAGAAAAGAAAUGGACCCAUCGUCCCAUGCAAUUGUCAUAUACAUCUUAUACCCCUCAAUCAACACCUUAACGCCUUGAUUGUCUAUGUUUGUAGGCAAUUCCUACAGUCAUUUAAUGUAGCAAAAUCAAAAUCCUUAUUCGUCAUGCAAAUUAUGAUAAUUAAAAAUGUAUUCAUCACAAUUUUAAAAUAUUUUAAUAAGGGCAAUGUCUCCCUGCUUGCCUAUUCUGACGUUGAUUAUUAUUGUGGUCGCCUAUAUCAGAAUACGUUUCAACUUCUGUUUCCGAAUCUUCCGAUCAACACUAAAAUAAUACUGACUUUCUUCACACUAUUAAUACCGCAAAAUAUUGCUAUUAUAAAUCUGAAUUGUACUAAUUCGAUUCUGUCUUGUUUGAGAUUGUGGUCGUACCGGACUCUAAAACCGCGCAAAAGGUGGCAGGCAUUGACGGAUUACUAGAGUACCGCAAGGACAAACAAGAACUUUAUAUAAGAUCAAACAAAACAUGGAAUGUGUUAGCACAAAAGAACGAGGUAGGUUGCUACAUAUAUUUCAUGUAAUUCUUAAAUCAUGUCAAAAUAGUUAAACUUGGUUAAUUAUUUCAAUUAUUCGACCUCGAAUGCCAGCAUAGGUAGCGAUGAGAACAAACAGCAAUCUUUAUAGGAAAUACAACUAUACCUGAUAAAUAUAAACAGAACCUCGACGUUCACUAGUGAAAAGCACAUGUAAUUUUCCCGAUUCACGAUACAAACUUCUCAACGAGCUUUUCAUCGAAGUUCUGUCUAUUUGUUGCUGGUUGAGUUGUGUGUAUUUAGGGUAAUCGUUAUGUUAAGUAUUCGCUUAGUAAAUAAGAUUUACAUCGGCUGCUCUUUUUUGUAUACCAAAAACAUACGUAGUAUGCUUCCAAACACUUCGUUACCUGCUUGGUCCAAACAAAAACACGCGCUCUAUAAGUAUAUAUACGUAAUUGUUUUUGUUUGUGGAAACACCACGUAAAUUUAUUACUGCAAAGCUUUCGAUCCGUAAGCCCGGAUCUUCAUCAAUGCUAAUAAUAUGAAACAUAUUUUUAAAUAUAAACAUAUUAUUAGCACUGAUGAAGAUCCGGGCUUACGGAUCGAAAGCUUUGCAGUAAUAAAUUUACGUGGUGUUUCCACAAACAAAAACAAUUAUAUUUUAUCGCCAUGCAAACAUUCAAAGAACUUAUAUAUACGUAAUUAGCACUUUAUAUUAUGGGAAGCUAAUUUUUUUAGAUUCUUCAAGAGACAUCAGAAGUAGAUUCGAAGCUGAACAAUGUCGAUCAAAAGCUCUCAAAACAAAUUCAAACAGUGAGUCUGAUAGACUUGAUAGCAUAGAAAAAAAUGCGGAUAGAGUAGAAUCCCUAUUAAAGGCGCCUCUAUUAACGGAAACCCGGCCCUCUAGCUUAAGCGGACGCAUACCUCCAUGCAGUCCCAAUGAUUUCUUUAACAAAAUACUAUUAUUAUCACCCCUAUUAAUUAGUAGCGGACAUCAUAAACGCUAAUAACUUGAAGUAAUUUCCUAAAACAAACUUUUCUAUCGUUAAUUUGUCUUUCAAGCCAUUGCAAGAAAAACUGUCCGCUUGUAUAGCUAUUGAACUCGUCGCGUAACCAGCUUCCACACCAUAACCAGCUCCUCCGUUGGCACGUUUAUACCUUUGAUUACUUCUGUUCCUAAAUUAGUUGGACGUUACCCCCUGCUGUGUUCGCUGUUGCAAAACCCUAUUAAGCGGACACAUAUAUUGGUGAGGUCCCGAAGGUGCAUGUCCGCUUAAAAUAAGGGUUCGGCUGUAUACGUAAUAUAUACAUUGUCCGCUAACGCACAAUUUUGUACCCAGUAUGCCCUUCCCAGGAUAGGUGAUGGACAUGCCCACUGCUUAAACUUACUCUGGCUAUGUAAUUGGUCCAUGUAAUUGGUCCAUACGCGUCCUUGGAAGAACGAAAUGUAGUUGUGAAUGUAAAACACUGGUGCUUCAUCUGAUUAAUAAAAUUGUUCUUUUCCAUCCGACGUAACAUCAUUACAUAGCAACUCAGUGCAGUAUUCUAAGGUUAAUUGGGCAGUUUUAUUUUAAAACACAAUAUGUUGGUUACCUAAACAUGAUCCAAAAAAAUCCUACAUUUUUAUAAAUACUUUGUUUGAACCCAAAAUUUUUAGAUUCUUCAAGAGACAUUACAAGUAGAUUCCUAGCUGACGAUAUCGAUCAAAAACUCUCAAAACAAAUUAAAUCAAACAGUAUAAGUCUGAUAGGCUUGAUAGUAUAUAUAGAAACAAUAUACGUACAUAUGUAUAUAUUGCACGCACAAUUUCGUACCCAGAGUUUGUCCGUUUCCAGGAUAUAGGUCAUGCAUGGGUAUGCCAACAUAUACCCAUGUCCUACAAACAGAAACACGUGCAUGUAUACGAUGCCUUUUUCCCCGCUACGGCUGUUUUAUUUUGCUCCUUUGUCAGAUUUCAAAAUUCCACGCAUACCCUCGUUCAACUCAUGCAUAUAUAUAUAGCUACAAUCAUGCAUGCAUGGCAAUAAUUCCGUGGGCACUUUGCCGGCUGUAAACUAUAAAGUAUUACUCUUCAUAUACACACAUAUAUUGGCAUUUUUGUAUAUACAUAAUUGUUGGUUUUGAAAUCGUGAUUCACGAAGCUUUAAGCUAACCGACUUAUUGUAUAAGCUUUCAACAUUGACGGGGGAUCAGGGGGAGAUUGGAAAUUACUGUUUUUGUAAGGAUAUAUUUGGGCAUUGCACGUAGCCAUAUUUUUACCGCUUAUACACACAAUAAUUUUUGUCAGAAUUGUAGAAACCCUUGGGAGACCUUGUAGACUGCAUGUUGUAAAGACAUCGCCAAUUUUAUUUUGUCGUCUUCAGUUAUUGCUUGCAAACUGAGCUAAUUAAUAAAUGUGAACAGUUAGACCAUCAUAUCGGAAUUAUCGUCGUUCGUUUGUACAGUAUAUGAUAAGCCAGAUAAUUAGGUGGCGAUUAAAUUAUGUUCUUAUAUUUCAGAUGGAUCUACAACUUGUGGAAUUUGAAAAGAAAAUUAACAAGUUAAUGAACUUCGGCUUUAAACGUGAGUAUUGCUAUAUUUUCACCAGUAAUUCUGGUCCAUUUAAUAAUUGAAAGGAAAACAUAGCAUAGACUAAUUGAUCUAGCUGUGCUUUCUGUAUAUCUCAAUUAAUCCUUUCUUAUUGAACAUUUACAGCCACUAGGCAAGAAUGCAGCAAUUAUACAUUGCUUGAUAACAAAGAUCGAAACAUAAAGUACAGAAGUGGCAAGAGUUCGUUGUUGUGUGACAGUGGCAUUUCAACCGGAUGGUACAGAUUUGGUGGUGAUGCUGGAACUCAGUUGUCUACUACUUGUGUUCCGAGAAUUAGAGACACAAACAAUUUAAAAUGUCGUACUCAUUGUGUUUCAUGGUUGAAUGGCACUCAUCCUUCUGUGGGUGAUGGAAAAGUCACACGCAGGGUGUGCUUCAGUUGGGCUGGCAAAUGUUGUUUUGCGAACACGAAGACAUAUAUCGAAGUAAUCAACUGUGGAUUUUUUUAUAUCUACAAACUGGUCUCUCCACCCUCUUGCUCUUACAGAUACUGUGGAACUGACGUGUGAAUUCUAAAAUGAAAUAAUAAAACCUCGAAUGUUUUCUUAAAAUUGAUUGGGUUAUUGUAAUUUUGAGCAUCUGUCAUGAUGCAAUUUUUAUGUAAGGGGGUUAAGGGAAGUAUAGUUUGAAUAAAAUAUAUAGUCCAGGUUCUACUUUCAUUUAUAGAACCACCAUAGAAAAAUUGCGUAGUAUUAAUCUUUUGAGACUUGUCAAGCUAAUUGAUGAAUGAUGGUAUUUUCAAACUUGUUAC